AUGACUUUGAAGCAGUUGACUAAGAUUUCACGCCGGGAUCUAGAGAACGGAGCGGAUGAAGCAUCAGUGACUGAUGUCCGCCAUCUGUCCUCGUACAACUGGCUGGAGGCCCCUGAGCCCACAAUUGCCGUCCCAGGUUGCCCUCCACUUUGGUCUCCUCCUAAAGCUGCACGCAGCGUGAAAAAAGACUCUGGUUUGAUUUAUAUAGCGCAGAAUGCCGCUCGUCAUCCCCAAUAUCCGCUUGAACCACUGUUUCGGGCUUUAUACAUGGAGCAUCCUUCGUUCGAACUACAAUCGGUUGAUCUCAUAACUGAUCGAAACAAUAUUCGCAAACUCCUGUCAUUCAUCAAUCCUAGUACCAGCAAAAAUGGGCACGAACCUUUCACUAUUAAUGCUGAAGCCUUCAAAAACACCGUGAUCUUCUGUCGUGCAGAAACUGAAACCAAGAAGUUCGUCCAACCUCAUGAGUUCGUAGGUUACGGUCACGAAUUCGAGAAGGCGUUCACUACCGACAAAAUCGGUGGUAGUACCGGACAUCAUAGACUGAUCUCCUACCAGUUCAGUGAUUUGAAGAUUCUGGUACGCUAUGAAACUGACGGAUACAUUGAUAAACCCAGAAUGGGGGAAUCGAGUACUGAAAACGACGCCCUAGCUAGCAUGAUACAAUCUUUGUCCCUCACCUCUGUCUCCGGCGCUUCUACUAGCUCCAAAUUGAAAAUAAAGAGAGCAGGAGAGGUCGUGGGCUUCAAUUCAACAUUAGAGAUCAAAACUCGUGUCUUUCACAAGCCUAUCAACAUGGAAGAAGUCCUUCCGCAGCUGUGGGUGUCUCAAACACCCAAUCUCGUGCGCGCCUACCACAAACAUGGUCUCUUUGAGCCACCAAAGGUUGAGGAUGUGUCACCUAAAAUCAGAAGAUGGGAAGAGAAGCAUCAGCUGGAUCUUAAAUGUCUAGCCGCAUUGAUUAAAAAGAUUAUACUUGUCAUGACGAAAACCCAAGGAAACGCGAUGAUCAAGUAUGAUCCACAGGUUGAUGAGUUGGUGUUAUGGCAAACUGAUGGGCCAAAGAUGUUGCCUGAUGAUCUAUACUCCAAGUUUGGCAACGUCGAAACAAACUCUCAGAAGGAUUCGAUCUCGGCCGCGGCACCUACCAAAACGAAAAUCAGAAUUGGAGAGGUCCUGUACGACAUCGAUGUCUCAAGAAUACCGUAUCUAUCUUCCUUCGUAAGGUUCCAAAGCGCUGCCCAGCCCCAAACUUCGGAACUUACUCACAACUCCAUUCCUUUGUUUGAUACCGCGCUCAAAGGCCUCGAGUCAGGCUACCGAGCCUGCUUUCGCUUUCUACCAGCGGAUUUGUCUCAAUUCCACAUUCUUUGUGAUACAUAUGGCUUUCUUAGGAUUGAUGUUCUUGAAGGUCAAUCAAUCGAUGAUAUUAUCGUCCACCUGAAGGCUGGCAAGACUGACUAUGAACUCGAGUACAAGCGUUAUCGUGCUAUCAGGGACGGCGACAAAUCCACAGCAAGGGAUGCAGCAUUUCAACUUUUAUAUCUCAUUCUGCUUUUCGACUUCAAAAAUCCAACGAAAGAUAGCAACAAGGUUUUCAAUGCUGUUCUGUUUGUAGUCUCGCAUUCAGGAACUUUCAAAUGGCGCUUAAGGACUGUGGUGCGCGCCGCCUAUGAGGAGCGCUUUGUCGUAUCUUCCAAACAGAAGGCGAUGUUGGACCGGUGGUCAAAACCCGAGCCUGCUGAGGACCUUUCCAAUGACUAUGUGACGACAGAGGAUGAUUUUUCGGAAUACUACUUGACUGAUGAGUCUUGA